AAUGACUAAUCUCAGGAUACACCAGAGGGUCCAUACUGGGGAAAAGCCACACCAAUGCAGUACCUGUGGGAAGGCCUUUAGUCAAAUAUCUACUCUCAAGACACACCAGAGGAUCCAUACUGGGGAAAAGCCCCAUCAUUGUUCUCAAUGUGGAAAGGCCUUUAGCCAAAUGUCUAAUCUCAAGAAACACCAGAAGAUCCAUUCAAAUGAUCAGCUCCAUCUGUGCACUACAUGUGGGAAGGCCUUUAGUCAAAUGUCUACUCUCAAGACACAUCAGAGGAUCCAUACUGGGGAAAAGCCCCAUCAGUGCAGUACAUGUGGGAAGGCCUUUAGGCAAUUGUCUACUCUCAAGGGACACCUGAAGAUCCAUACUGGGGAAAAGCCACAUCAGUGCAGUACAUGUGGGAAGGCCUUUAGUAAAAUGUUUCAUCUCAAGACACAUCAGAGGAUCCAUACUGGGGAAAAGCCACACCGGUGCAGUACAUGUGGGAAGGCUUUUAGUCGCGUGUCUAAUCUCAAGACACACCAGAGGAUCCAUACUGGGGAAAAGCCACAUCAGUGUUCUCAGUGUAGCAAGACCUAUAGUCAGAUGUCUACUCUCAAGAGACACCAGAAGAUCCAUACUGGGGAAAAGCCACACCAGUGCAGUACAUGUGGAAAGGCCUUUAGUAAAAUGUCUGCUCUCAAGACACACCAGAGGAUCCAUACUGGGGAAAAGCCACACCACUGCAGUACAUGUGGGAAGGCCUUUAGUCAAUUGUCUAAUCUCAAGACACACCAGAAGAUCCAUACUGGGGAAAAGCCCCAUCAAUGCAGUACAUGUGGGAAGGCCUUUAGUAAAAUGUUUCAUCUCAAGACACAUCAGAGGAUCCAUACUGGGGGAAAGCCACACCAGUGCAGUACAUGUGGGAAGGCCUUCAGUUACAUGUCUAAUCUCAAGAUACACCAGAGGAUCCAUACUGGGGAAAAGCCACAUCAGUGCAGUACAUGUGGGAAGGCUUUUAGUCACAAGUCUCAUCUCAAGUUACACCAGAGGAUCCAUACUGGGGAAAAGCCCCAUCAGUGCAGUACAUGUGGGAAGGCUUUUAGUCACAUGUCUCAUCUCAAGACACACAAGAUGAUCCAUACUGGGGAAAAGCCCCAUCAGUGCAGUACAUGUGGGAAGGCUUUUAGUCACAAGUCUCAUCUCAAGUUACACCAGAGGAUCCAUACUGGGGAAAAGCCCCAUCAGUGCAGUACAUGUGGGAAGGCCUUUAAUCAAUUGUGUGAUCUCAAGAAACACCAGAAAGUCCAUACUGGCGAAAAGCCGUAUCGGUGUACUACAUGUGGAAAGUAUUUCAGGAGUAGCUCUGACCUCACCAAACAUCAGAUUAUACAUACAAGAGAAAAGCCACAUCAGUGUUCACAGUGUGGAAAGGCCUUUAGCCAUAUGUGUGUUCUCAAGACCCACCAGAGGAUCCAUACAGGGGAAAAGCCGUAUCAGUGUUCUCAGUGUGGAAAGGCCUUUAGCCGAAUAUCUGUUCUCAAGAAGCAUCAGAUGAUCCAUUCCAAUGAUGUGCUGCCCUGAUAAUACAUGAUGGAGUAUCUCUUACUGAAAUAUUUCUUGAUUAGCUGAGUUUGAUGUACAACAUGAAGUAUUGUUUUGAAACGUACAGUAUGUUGGGGUACAGAUUGAAACACAAAUUGUUAGGGUACAUGAAUUGAAUAAAUACAAAAACUUGAAGUGA